AUGACUCCGAAUCCGGAUCACCUCAACAACAUCGCCUGGCCCGAGGAAGUACAGCUGCGCUGGGCGACGCGGGCAGACAUCCCGGCAAUCACCCGCAUCCUGCACGCCAAUCUCCUGACCUUUGAAUUCUUCGACCACUUCUGUCCCGCCCGGAAGCAGCACGAGGCAGAAUUCCACGCCUUCGUGCUCUCGCGUGUGCGCAUGUUCUUCGUCCGAAGCGGAAUACGCUUCAUGGUGGCCGAAAAGCUGCAGCUCGGCUUCAUCAGAGGCCAUGAAAGCACGACGAUCCUCGGCUUUUCCACCUGGGAGCCGCAAGGCGGUGAUGAGAACCCUCUUGCCGCGGAAUGGCAGCGCCAGGACAGCGGCUGGCUGAAGGCUUUGGAGCGUAGGCUGGUCGAUCUCGAAGGCUGGCAUCACAGGUGUUGCCGGAAUACGAUCGUCAGCUACGAGACUUUCCAUCGGUUACGGGGCCUGUUGCACGACUCUUUCGACCAAGUGGAGUCGCUGGGGUGCAACUUACAUCUCCAGUAUCUGAUGGUGCACCCCAAGGCGCAAGGAUACGGCGUCGGCCAUAAGCUCUUGCAAUGGGGCUUGGAUGCCGCCGCUCAGCUUGGAAUGCCUAUGAUCCUCGAGAGCAGCCUGGCCGGCCACCCGUUCUACCUCAAGCAUGGUUUCCGGGUGCUGAAGACGAUCAGGAUCGAUGAUGAUCCGGAAAAGGCGUACGAUAUGCCCUUGAUGGUGUAUGAACCCGAAGUCCAAGAGCGAGAGAGUCUCUCGUGA